AUCAGCUGUUUACAAAAACAAAACCAAGCGAAACAGCGAAAAAUAUCUGCAAUUUUUCAAAUCUAAAUUAAAAAGGUUUACACAAGCACAGUGGAGAAAACAACAUCGAUUACGGGAUGUUCUGCUGCCUACGCACCUGCCUAAAUGGCGGACACAUGAGGAAGCCCACGGCAGCAGCGAGUCGUCUCCGGGAGCCCGAUGUUCACCUCGAUGCAGCACAUAUGGGACCUGAUGUAAUCCUGCUGUCCCACCAGCUGCGGGUUACAGGCACCGGCGGCGUCUUGGCCACAGCUCCUUUGGUCCAAUCGAAAUCCUACUUCGAGGUGAAGAUCCAGCAGGGAGGCAGUUGGUCCGUGGGCUUGGCAACCCGCCAAACGGAUCUCAGUCGCAAGAGCGGUGGUGGGGAUCGCGAGUCGUGGUGCCUGUGCUCCGACAACGCCACGCGCCACAAUGACCAGGAGGAGUUCCGACCGGUGGUGCAGGCAGCCUGCACCACGCAGCCGUCGAGAACGACCAAUGGGAUCCUGAACAACAGUGCUGCCAAGGCGGCCGGACUCAUUGCCAUUGAGGAUCUGCAGCAAGAGGACCUGCUGAUGACCACCGGAGUGGCAGCCUCUGAUGUGGGCAUCGGUGAUUCAUUAGUAACAUCACCACCGCGCGAUUUUCCCGACGAGGGCGACAUUGUGGGCGUGGCCUUCGAUCAUGUGGAGCUUAACUUCUAUUUCAAUGGAAAGAACCUGGAGGUUCCCUUCCGGAAUGUGCGGGGCGCAGCAUUAUUUCCCGUAAUCUAUGUUGGCAACGGCGCCAUUUUGGACAUUAUCCUGGACAAUUUUUCGCACGGUCCCCCACCUGGAUUUGAGCGUAUACUUCUGGAGCAGUCAUUACUUUAGAAAGUCCUUAAAGAAGCCUUGAACAAAUUAACAGCUUGAGAACAAAAAACAUAUAAGAGAUAAUGAAAAUGCAGUGCGUUUUAGGACUAUAGGACAAUUUUUAUUCCCAAAAUAUAAGCAUUUAUAGUAAGUUAACCAAAGAGCACUUAAUUCGAAACAUUCUAAUUUAUUUUAAUGUAAGUCUUAAAAGACGUGCAUUAAACAUUGGGUCUAUAUUAUAGAAUCCACAAACAUUUUAUUAAAUGUACCACUUAGCCAUAUAUUCUCUCUCUAGUCAAAAUAAAAAACUUUAUGUGCAAGUCUUGUCCCCUAAUAGUUAAUGGGCACCCAUAUUGUUUACAAAAUUUGGCUAAUUUUCAUCUUAUAGUCGUAAACUGCACUGUGUUACUCAUUUAGACAGCAAGUGUAUAAACUUUGCAACCUCUCUAGUCCUUGUACUCCCCAAACCGAAAUGUAUUUCUUUUAUUUUAUUAAAAUUUUGUAAAUUAUUCACGUAGCUUGACCUUGCGACUGCUUUUGUAUUAUACACAGACAUAUGUAUCUCUAUACAGAUAUGAAUUUUUUUGUAGUAUUUAGAUCGCCACAAAUCAAUUCUGACUUCUAACGCAUUCCAAUUUACAAUGGCAACGUACUCGAGCACGGAAUUACCUAACUACUUUUAAGAAAAUAUCUGUAUAUCUAAAAAAAUUGUAUCUACGUGUAUCUAACGCUUUGAAAACUGAUUAAUCCGCGCGCGGACAAUAAAUGAAUGUUAUGUACUUAAACUA